AUGAGGAUGAGGAGGAAGAGGUGGGAAAGUUGAUGAGGGAGGGGGUAAUUUAGUGAACAUUAUGUACCUCACCAGUGCGGAUUGUAUAGAGACUGCUGAGCUUUAUGGGCCUAGCGCUUUUAGUGAAGCUAAGAUGGAUAAAUUUUUAAAUGCUGUUGGGGGGGUAGCUAUCCCAAAGAAGCUGAGGAAGAAGUCAAAGACUUCAACCAAGGAGGUGAAUGAGGUGGAGGCUGGGAAGGAGUUAGCGCCUAGCACCUCAGCUGGAGUUGAGGAGGUGAGGCCCAGGCUGGAGUUGAAAAGGAAGGGCAAUGAGGAGGUAGCAGCGCUGCAAAGGAAGAAAAAGGUGGUGGAGCAGGAAGUUAGGGGGAGCGAGGUUCUACAGUUCGUACCUUGGCCCCCUUUUGUUGAGCUCGAUCUUGAGCUCAAGGAGUCUGAGGCUGAGGGGGCUGAGGUAAGGGCUCUUGUUAAAGGGAAAGGCCUCAUUGCCCCAUUGUCCUUUAAGAGCAACAUGUUUGAUGCGAAGAAUGCAACGGGGGCAAGGAGGUUUAUUAAUGCAACCUUCCCCGAAGUGGACAAGUGUCAAGCGAGGGACAAGGCUAUGAGAUAUUGUGGGGCAACUGUGGUGAAGCAUGCUCUGGAGAGUGUGAGCUGGGUGAAUGGUCUAGCCCAGGAAUUUAUGGAGAGUGUGAAGGAGUGCUCCCUCUUGCAAAGGCAAAAAAAUGUGAAAACUGAAUAUCCCGAAGUGGAUAUUACGAAGGUGACCUUCGACGAACAAGAGGAAAGGGUGCAGGAAAACAGUGAGAGCAUGUCAACAGAUUUUCAUCUUCAGAUUAAACUGAGAUGGGAUCAUGACGCAGAAGGGCGCACCGUUUUGCCUCCAAAUUUCGACUUCGAGUUCGUGGCAAUGGAGGAAGAAAAGGCAGAGGUGGAGGGAGCUGAAGUAGGAGCAAAGGUAGAAGGAGCUGAAGUGGAGGAGAGCUAACCACCUCUGCAAGUUGAGGUCCAUCCAGUUCCUUCUGAUGAUUACCAGCCACCUCUUCUAGCCGAGCAAGAGCCACCUCAGCCACCACCCUCAGUAGAAUAAUUAGGAGUUUGUAUUUUUUGAUUUUUCUUAUUUGAUAACAUUGGAACAAUUGAAUAAAUUGUAAUUUUAUUA